UAUAAAGAUUUCUGAUUCUAUUGUAAUUUGUAAAAACAAUAAAAAUUCAUGUUGUAUUUACCAAAAAUGGAUAUAAGUGAUUAAAAAUGGACCAACAGUUUUCACUAUCUUGGAAUAACUUUCAUGGCAAUUUGAGUAACGGAUUCGCCGGCUUGCUGGGCAAUGGUGAAUUCGUAGAUGUAACAAUUGCAGUCGAGGGUCACCUUCUACAAGCGCACAAAGUUAUACUUUCAAUAUGCUCACCAUACUUCAAGAAAAUGUUUCAAUUGAAUCCGUGUCAACAUCCCAUAGUUGUACUAAGGGAUGUAACACACAAGGCAAUGAGAGAUUUACUUCAGUUUAUGUAUCAUGGUGAGGUUAGUGUGAAGAGAGAAGAUCUCACUAGUUUCAUUAGCACAGCUGAAGUAUUGCAAAUCAAAGGCUUAACAAAUAAAGAGACUGAUGAAGAAAACUUUGAAGCUGAGAAGGAGGUGCCUAAGCAAAGCUUGGAUGUACAAAGAAGUCCAGAGGCGGAAACAGGCUCAGAUGUGUACAACACAAACAGUGAAGCUUCCGAUCACUGUGAAACCGAAUUAUUGAAACAGAGAGAAUUCAUUGAGAAAUUACAAAGAAUCAGCAAUUUAAAACGAAAAUCUGAUGAGUACCUUCAAAAAAAGUAUUACACUGAAACACAUAAUUUAGAAAAGAGGCCUAAACCCACAGAGAAGUAUGUGAAAAUCAAUCAAGCACACCAGAAAAAUAAUUUUGAAAAUAUUAAAAGUAUUUUUGAAGACAAUUCUUUGAAUAUCACAAAAUCAAUCAAUACUAAUAUACUACAGAAUAAUACGGACAAGGAAUGUAAUGACAAAAAUCACAGUGAAACUUCUGUGGAAAGCCCAAUUGAUUUAAAAAUGGAAUGUGAUGACAAUGAUAUUAUUGUAUCUGACCCAGCAGUUUGUACUACACCUAAGUCCUAUGACUCCAGGGAGGUUAACAAAGUUACUACGCCAGUUGAAUAUCAGUCUCCACAAGACAAUUGUACCGGUUUGAGCGCAUUGUUUAUGGAUCUUAAGAAUUUAGUUAACGGUAAAUUUACUAACACGUUCGGGACUAACGGCACCGAAGAGAUGCCGAAACAUAUAUCCGAACAUCGUCUGGUGACCAUACCGCAAAAGGAAGACGGGAAGAAGAAGUAUCCUCAGCGUUCCUGUAGAUUGUGCUGGAGAAUCGGUAAACGUCGCGACACCAGGUUCAUGUGCAGCUGCUGUGAACUUCCAUUCUGUAAAGCGCCAUGCUUUGAAAUACACUUUCACGAUGUGUUCAGGGUGUCUCAGUUACAAGGAGAUUAUUAUGCUACUUAAAUAUUUUUAUACCUAAAUACUUACCUCUAAGAGGCAAUAUAUAUUUUUAUACGACUAGUGAAUAGUGAUACACAAUCUGAAUCCAAGAUUCGUUAAAUUCGGGACCAAAAUUAUAUAUUCGUAAAUUAACAGAGAUGUAUUGUGUCUUACUUGAUAAAUAGUAUAUUUGCAUUUUGUAUGUGUAAGCACAAAAAUUACCUGUGAUAAAAAUAAGAAUCUGCUCUCAAGUGCCAAUAACAUAAUAUUUAGAGUUCUGUGAGAAAUAUAAGCACUCUUAGAAAUGUGCCAUUUUGUCCUUCUGCCAUAUUUUAAAAUCAAGACUUUUUAUUGCUCAUAUUCUAGUCUAUUUAUUAUGUUUAAGAAUAUUGUAAGCUUUUAUAUAUGAUGCUGUGUACCUAUGUAUUAACUUUGUGACAAUAUAAAAGGCAAAAUGAUGUAUGCCCUAAUACUUAAAUAUUAUAUUGAAUAUUUCUAACGCGAGUGAAAAAGCAAUAAGAUGUAAUAUGUAUUUUUAGUUGAUCAUCACAAAGCAAAACAUGAAAAUAUUUUUUUUCAUUUUGAUGUCAAGUUCGCCUUAUUAGCAUUUUGGCUUUGGCCCUAAUAAUAAUAAUUUUUUGGCCUUUGGCCUUAUUGCUAGCUGCAUUAUGACUAAGAAGUUUGUUCUCUUCCUGAUAUUAUAAGAAAUAUUUUUCGAUAAAUUUACAACCCAGUCUACACAACAAAUCAACAAUUCCAAAUUAAAAGUCAAAUAAAUACCUAUUGAUAAAAAAAUAACGCACAAAAUAUAAUUUAUUGUGCUAAGUAUAGGUUAUUUUGUCAACGUUUUAUAGUUUAGUCCCUAUAAUUUGUAAUUAUCUAGUUCUUAUCUAUCAUCGAGCAUAUUAACAUAGAGGUGUAAUGUGAACCAUAAUAUUAUUUUUUUAUUAGACAUGUCAGUGAUGACUGAUGUUUCACUGGUAAGGUAAAACCGUAAGGGACUUAUCAGACAGACAGUGUUCACGCGGUCAAGCGUUGAAGAGGUCAGUUCUGGUUUCUUUAUGUUGUCACUUGUCACACAGAAGGCAUUCUGACGAGGUCAGAACGCCUCCUGUGUGAAUAAAUUUAUGUAACGUAAUAAUAUAACAAAAAUAACGCAAAACUGACCGCGUGACGCUUUCUUGCGUUAGGUCCCUUAGGGACCUAUUAGACAGAGUGGUCACGCGUUCAAGCAUUCUGCGAUCGCAUUUUGCGUUC